UCCUCGUGACCGUUUCCCUUGUGGUCACCUUAUUGUUGUUCCGUUAGUUUAUUUUGUUUAUUAGGAGCAAUGUUCUAUAUUUUUCAUUUACAAAUUACAAACAAUGCAUAGCUCUAUCUUCAGAUUCACUACUUCUGUUCAUCCAAAAACUUGGGAGACAAGACAGUUUUCAUUCCGGGUUGGUUUCAGAGAGGCUGAUAAAGAAACAAGAUGUUGUGAAUCAGAUCAAAACCUUGAAGGUACUCUGUCUUAAAAGAGAAAAAAAUGUCUAGGAGUGAUGAUAGAUAUGUCGAACGUGAGGUCUCUUCAAAACAUUGUCAAAACAUCCAUCAUCUGGAAGAACAAACGUCAGCAUCUUCUUGGGAGAAGCCUUUCCAAUGUGGGAUGUGCUUAAAGUGUUUCUCUUACAAGUGUCGAAUUAAGCAGCAUAUGAGGAUCCACAUUGGUGAACGACCAUAUCAGUGUGAGGUGUGCAGAAAGUGUUUUCUUGAGAAAAGACACUUGAAAAAGCAUAUAUUAAUUCACAUUGGAGUUAAGAAUUUCAAAUGUGAUGUGUAUGCAAAAUCAUUCCUACAUAGUUCCCUCUUGAAUGCACAUACGGGUGUUAUGCCUUUGAAGUGUGAGGUGUGUGCAAAGCGUUUAUCACAAACACAAUCCUUAAAAAGCAACACGGUGCUUCAUACUUGUCUUAGGCCACUCAAAUGUGAAGUAUGUGCAAAAUAUUUCUCACAAAAUGUUGACUUAAAACGACAUAUGUUAGUUCACACUGGUGUUAAGAAUUUCAAAUGUGAGGUAUGUGCAAAACUUUUCACACACAAUACCGACUUGAAACGACACAUGUUGAUUCACACAGGUGUUAAGAAUUUCAAAUGUAAGGUAUGUGCAAAAUGUUUCUCACUAAAUGCAAUCUUGAAACAACAUAUGUUAGUUCACACAGGUGUUAGGAAUUUCAAAUGUGAGGUAUGUGUAAAAUGUUUCUCACAAAUUACCCACUUGAAACAACAUAUGUUGGUUCAUACUGGUGUUAAAAAUUUCAAAUGUGAGGUAUGUGCAAAAUGUUUCUCACGAAAUGGCCACUUGCAAGAACAUAUGAACAUUCACAAUGGUGUGAAGAAUUUCAGAUGUGAGGUAUGUGCAAAAUGUUUCUCACUAAAUACAAUCUUAAAACAUCAUAUGUUAGUUCACACUUCUGUUAAGAAUUUCAAAUGUGAGGUAUGUGCAAAAUGUUUCUCACAAAAUAGUGACUUGCAACGACACAUGUUGGUUCAUACUGGUGUUAAGAAAUUCAAAUGUGAGAUAUGUGCAAAAUGUUUCUCACAAAAUAGCGACUUGAAACGACAUAUAUUGGUUCACACUGUUGUUAAGAAUUUCAGAUGUGAAGUAUGUGCAAAAUGUUUCUCAAACAAUGACAAAUUGAAACAACAUAUGGACAUUCACAAUGGUGUUAAGAAUUUCAAAUGUGAGGUAUGUGCAAAAUGUUUCUCACAAAAUAGCCACUUGAAACAACAUAUGUUGGUUCACACUGGUGUAAAGAAUUUUAAAUGUGAAGUAUGUGCAAAGUGUUUCUCACAAAAUAACACCUUGAAACAACAUAUGUUGGUUCACACUGGUGUUAAGAAUUUCAGAUGUGAGGUAUGUGCAAAAUGUUUCUCAAGCAAUGGCAAAUUGAAACGACAUAUGGACAUCCACACUGGUGUUAAGAGUUUCAAGUGUGAGGUAUGUGCGAAAUGUUUCUCACAAAAUGCCACCUUGAAACAACAUAUGUUAGUUCAUACAGGUGUUAAGAGUUUCAAAUGUGAGAUAUGUGCAAAAUGUUUCCCAAGGAAUACCAACUUGAAACAACAUAUGAAGAUUCACACUGGUGAUAAGAAUUUCAAAUAUUUUGGUUCACGCUAUUAUUAAGAGUUAAAUGUGUGUGCUAAAUAGCAGGUUAAUCAUCAUAUGUUUGUUCACAUAGGUAAUAAACAGUUCUAGUGUGACAUGUGCCCAAAAUGUUUCUCUCA